UAAGUUGUGUUCGUUUGCCAGCUAAUUAUUUCUACAGAAGUGUGAAAUGAAGACGCUUCUGACUGCGCCAGGGAACCACACAGCUACGUGCGACCGAGAGGCAGCGAAAGGGAGGAUCCGGCGUGUCUCUGGUGGUAUCUCAGUUUUCCCACCCCCAUCAGUGUGUAGGACUGCCAACCCGUACAGAGUGCAGAUAUCCCAGGAAUGCAUUGAACAUGGCUGCCGGGAUGAAAGCGCAGAAAAGUGGACUGCUGGAGCUCCGACUCUCAGCGGAUCGCUGGGUUCGUGUGCUGGCUUGUCUCACCGAGGAGACCUUGACGGUCAGCCCCAGCGAAAGCUCUUCGGAACCAGUUAAACCAAACCAGAGUCCGAGUCCCGCCGGAGCAGUGAACGGGGACCCAUCCAACCUCGGAUCUAGUUCUCCGGUCCCAGAACCUAUAACAAAUGUCAAGCGCACUGUGCGAGUUACCAAGCAAGACGUUGGUGGACUCGGAAUUAGUAUUAAAGGAGGAAAGGAAAAUAAGAUGCCCAUUCUCAUCUCCAAGAUUUUCAAGGGGCUGGCGGCUGACCAGACGGGGACGCUGUACGUGGGAGAUGCCAUCCUCUCGGUCAACAACUACAAUCUCCGCGAGGCCACGCAUGACGAAGCCGUCCAGGCCCUGAAGAAGACCGGCAAGGAGGUCGUCCUGGAAGUGAAGUACAUCAAGGAGAUGUCAGCCUACUUUCGGAACGCCACCCCCGGAGUCCCCCCUCCUUGGGACUCCCCGCCCGCCUCCCCCCACAAACAGGGCGGAGUCAACUCCAUGACGGAGCCCAAGUCCGUCCCUAUGAAAAUGUGCCUGGUCUCCAGGAAGCCUUGCCCACCCGACGGAGAGCACAGGUACGUGGAAGUGGUUUCCGCGGACGGCCAGUCGUCUCUCUUCCUGAGGGCGAAGGAGCUGGCUCUGGCGCAGUCCUGGGUCAAGGCCAUCCAGACGAGCUCCAACACGCUCCUGCCCAAAGUGAAGGAGGAUCUGCAGGCCAUGCUGGGAGGGAAAGAGGUCAAGCACAUCGGCUGGCUGACCGAGCAGUCUUCACAGGGCUCAGAGAAGCCAGUUUUGGCUCUGCUGACUGAGAGAGACCUGUCCCUCUACCACACCCUACCUGAGAGCAAGGAGGCCCUCGGCACGCCCUACCACACCUACCCACUCAUCACUACCAGGCUGGUGCACUCUGGGCCGGGUAAGAGCUCUCCGGUGCUGGACUCGGAGCUGUGCUUCGCCCUGCGCAGCGGGACCAGGCAGGGAGUGGAGACCCAGGUGUUCCGGGUGGACUCCACCAAAGCGCUGACGGCCUGGACGCGCCUGCUGGUGGACGGCUGCCACGGGGCGGCUGAGCUCAUUCAGGAGGUGACCACAGCCUGCAGGUGGAGCGGUAAAGACUGCACGUUGGCGGUUCACAUUGACGACGGCUUCACACUCUUCACGGAGGACGCGGGGCUGAGGAGGAGCGUGCUGAUGCACCAGCCCUUCGAGAAGCUGCGCAUGUCGUCCGACGACGGCGUCCGCAUGAUGUUCCUGGACUUCGGCGGCCCCGAGGCCGAGCUGCACCUGGACCUCCACUCCUGCCCCAAGACCAUCGUCUUCAUCAUCCACUCUUUCCUGUCCGCCAAGGUCAAGCGCCUCGGCCUGUUGGCAUGACGACAUCCGCCACACGCUCAAACGGCAGACGUCGGAUUCCGGGUUUAAUCGGG